GGUGAGACUGAAUCCAAUUGAUUCAGAAACAAUUCCAAACAAACAAAAUGGCAGAAAAAACUGAACCUGUACAUUUCUUUGACAUUACUUCCGUGCUUGAGGGUCCCCGCAAAUCAUGGUCCCCGAAUACCCUCAAAACUCGCGCUGUGCUCAACAUCAAAGGAAUCCCCUACACUCAAUCCUUUAUCUCCUAUCCGGACAUUGCCCCUCUAAGCAAGGGCCUCGAGAUCCCCCCAACCCCUGAAGAGGGAACUCCAAUCCUCUACACGCUGCCUGCUAUCAUACACAAGGCCUCCAUUAAAUUCAACCCACAUGGAGCUAUGCAUGACUCCUUACCAAUCGCAUUACACCUAGACAAAGCAUUCCCAGCACCAGCGUACCCUUCUGUCUUCCCCCACGGCCAAACCAGUGUUGCAUUGGCGCUUGCAGUGGAUAAUCUUCUCACUCCGGCUAUAAGGAAAAGCGCAACUAUCCUAUGGCCCGGUAUAGCAGAAAUCCUGGACGAGAGAGGCUCGGAGUAUUUUGAUAGGACCCGAGUCCCCGGGUUCCAGAAAGAGUUUCCGCAUAUCCAACACCUAGCGGAUCUGAAACCCAAGACUAAAGAAAAAGUAGAUCAGAUUGUGGCAGAGACGAAGAAGGAACUCGCGGUAUUUGAUGAGGUGUUGGCCGCGGGAGGAGAGAAUAAAGGCGUCUUCUUGGAAGGGGAGAAGCCGGGAUUCGCAGAUGUAAUGCUCGCGGUCCAUUUGGCGUGGAUCGAGAGAUCGGCACCUGAAUUUUUUGAGAUAGUUAUCGACGCUGGGAACGGCUCGUUAAGAAAACAUUGGGAAGCGUCGCAGGAGUUUUUGAAUAAGCAGGGUGAGACUAAGGAGUGGUCGAUUCCGAAGAUAUAGUCAAUCGAUCCUUCGAAUUCAUAUAUUUGUAAAAAAAAAAGCGACAACUUCUGACCAAAGCCCAAUAAUUUAUAAUGUAAUAAUAUACAACCGGUCGAUAUAUAAUGCCAACCAACCAGCACAUGAUGUCGAAAUAAUCUUACAAACCGCGCAAAAAAUUAGACUCGCGAAUUCCUUUCCUUCUUGCCUCCCGUGCACUCUUGGUAAUCUGCUCCGUCUUCUCAAUACUAACCGCUGCUUCAGCGAUGAUGUCUCGUGGUCCGUCUCGCUCGGCAUUGUAAUCGGCAGGGAUAAUAUCCGUAGCUUGUUCGUGCAAAGGGAUCUUGCGGGGUUGAGUAGCUGCCAAUGCAGCCAUUUUCUUCUCGUAGCGCUUUCGUUGUUUUUUGUUCAGGGCUGUUUUCACAGAAAUCAGGUUAGCCAAUUAAACAAGGACUCAAACGGAGGAGACGUACAGGCAACAUC